UUGGACGCCGAGGCUAGGGCUUUACGUUUGGCGCGAAAAUUGAUCUUCCCGCCCAUUUAUAUGUGGCAUCAAAUUCCCCAGUUCUGUUCCACAGAUCUUGAUACUGAGCUCCGGCAGUCGUGACCUGGGUGAGUGAAAGGGAUACAAUACAGAGGAGGAGAGAGAAUGUCGGACGAGCCUUCAUCUGUCGCCGGAAGGCGGAGGAGCCGAGGGAGAAUUGUGCAAGAGAGGACAAACGCGCUGGAGCGUCUCAAAGCCAUCAAGAGCGGCGAGCGCUGCUCCCGAGAUGCUGCCCAGAUCAAGAUGGAGGAUCCGAUCUAUGACUUAGUCGACGAGGAUGAGUACGGCGCCCUAGUUGCCAAGCGGUGCGAAGAGUCUCGAGGGUUUAUCGUAGAUGACAAUGGCAUGGGUUACGGAGACGAAGGUCAGGAAGAGGAUUGGUCCGUUGCCGGGCUCCCUCAAUCUUCGGAUGAUUCAGAAGGUGAGGCCGGAAGGCAGAAGAAGAAGAAGAAGACAUCUGAGAAGAAGCCGCAACCUGCUGCUAAAAAGCAACAGGCAGCAGGGCCUUCAACUGCUGCAUCCCUAGCGGACAGGCAGCAGCUUUUGAAUAUGUUGAAUUCUUCAAAUUAUAAGAGAAGUAGUGGCGUAUCCUUGAAGAAUUUGUCAUGUGACAGUAUAGUAGAUGAUGUAAUAGCUGAAUUUGCUCCUGACGAAACAGAUAGGGAAAGAAGGAGAAGAGGAAGCUCUAAUUUAUCGCUGAAGUCAGUAACUUCAGCUCAAGUUAAUACAAAGUAUGUGUCCGCAAAAAGCGAGAGGCCGAUCAAAGAGAAUGUUAAUUUGAUUGUGAAUGAAGAAACUGGGAAUGAUGAUCCUUGUGAAUCUAUGAUGCAUGUUCCACCUGACAGCCAUUUGAGUGAUAAGAAGGAUCUACCUGAGAAAAUUGAGAGUGGAAGCUCUUUGGAUGCUGAGGUGAAGGAGAAGGGAGCGGUAGAGUUAAGUGAUAAUGCAAAUUUGGAUGCUGAGAUGAAGGAGAAGGGAGUAGUAGUGUUAAGUGAUAAUGCAAAGAAAGGGAUUGAUAAUGACGGGAAUUCGUUAAGUGGAUCUAAUUUGAAGGAGGCUCCAGUGACAGAGGAUAAGGUAUUUUCACUCAAUGCCAAAAUUAAAACAGAAAAUAAUUCGGCCUUGAGUGCAACUGCAGAGUGGCAAACAAUGAGGAGUUCUGGAAAGUCCUCUGCCUCAAAUCUUACUAAUGCUGAAGAAAACUCAGACUUGGAGUUGGAGUCUGAUGGAUCAUUUCCUUUCUUCAUAAUUGAUGCCUACGAGGAGCUUUAUGGAGCCAAUUCAGGCAAUAUCUAUCUAUUUGGGAAGGUCAAAGUUAAAGGGACGUAUCAUAGCUGCUGUGUGGUUCUAACGAGUAUGCAGAGAUGUGUCUAUGCUAUCCCAAAUAGAACUGUAUUCCAAAAAGAUGCAAUUUUGAAGCUAGAGAUGGAUCUUAAAGAGUCUCAGAUUUCUGCUGCUGCUUUCCAUAGCCGGCUGCAUGAGAUGGCAUCUGACCUGAAAACUGAGUUGACAAAAAAAUUGGUGGAGCAUAAUGUCUCAAGAUUUAGCAUGAAUCCUGUUAAGCGAAAUUAUGCAUUUGAAAGACGUGAUAUCCCGCUUGGUGAGAAUUAUGUCCUUAAGAUUAGCUAUCCAUUUAAGGAUCCACCACUUCCACCAGACCUCAAGGGAGAACAUUUUUGCGCUUUACUUGGCACCCAUAGCAGUGCACUUGAGCUCUUCCUUGUGAAGAGAAAAAUCAAGGGGCCCUCCUGGUUAUCAAUUUCAAAGUCUGCAAGCUGUCCAACCAAGAUAAGCUGGUGUAAAUUUGAGGUCACUGUGGAUAAUCCAAAGGACAUUCAUGUCUUGAAAAAAAACAUUCCAGCAAUUCCUCCUCUGGUUGUAACAGCAAUAAAUGUGAAAACCAUUAUCAAUGAAAAACAAAAUGUCAAUGAAAUUGUCUCUGCAUCUGUCGUCACCUGUCAUAAAGUGAAGAUUGAUGCACCAACUUUAACCUCUGAAUUGACAAAAAUGGGGAUGCUUUCACAUUUUACUGUUGUGCGAAAGCUUGAUGGAGGCAUAUAUCCGUUGGGGUUCGCAAAGGAAGCAGCGGAUAGAAAUGCAAAAGCUGGUUCCAAAGUUAUUAGUCUUGAAGUCAGCGAAAGAGCUUUGUUGAACUGUUUGAUGACUGAGUUACACAAAUUGGAUAGCGAUGUGCUUGUUGGGCACAAUAUAUCUGGGUUUGAUCUGGAUGUUCUGCUUCAUAGAGUUCAGGCACCCAAUGUCCAAAACAAAAUGUGGUCUAAAAUCGGCCGACUUAAGCGCUCUGUUAUGCCUAAGCUUACUAAAGGAAAUAACAUAUUUGGUUCUGGGGCAAGUCUUGGGAUAAUGUCUUGUAUUGCUGGGCGUCUCCUGUGUGAUACGUAUUUAUGUUCUCGUGAUUUAUUACAACAGGUUAGCUAUUCAUUGACACAACUCACAAAGACAGUGCUCCAUAAAGACCGCAAGGAAAUGUCUCCACAUGAUAUUCCCCAAAUGUUUCAGGCUUCCGACUCGCUUAUGAAACUAAUUGAAUAUGGGGAAACAGAUGCAUGGCUGUCCAUGGAACUCAUGUUUCAUUUGAGUGUUCUUCCACUCACCCUUCAGCUGACUAAUAUUAGCGGUAAUCUUUGGUGUAAAACCCUCCAGGGUGCAAGGGCCCAAAGAGUGGAGUAUUUAUUAUUGCAUGAAUUCCACAGUAAGAAAUUUAUCGUGCCAGAUAAGAUUUCGUCUAAAACAAUGGAGUCAAAAUUGACAAAGCGUAAACAAAACAGCAGAGGUGGAAAAGAAACUGAUGAAAUCAACCUUGAGGACCCCAGUUUUGGAAAUGACCUUUCUGAAAUCGAGUCUGGAAAAACAAAAAAGGGGCCUGCCUAUUCUGGAGGUCUAGUUUUGGAGCCAAAAAGAGGGUUAUAUGACAAGUACAUUUUGUUGUUGGACUUCAACAGUCUCUACCCAUCUAUAAUUCAGGAAUACAAUAUUUGUUUCACCACUGUUGAAAGAUCUCAGGAUGAUUUGUUUCCUUCUUUACCAUCUAGUAAAGACACUGGAGUUCUGCCAAAGUUGCUAGAAUUCUUGGUUAAUAGAAGAAAAGAGGCAAAGAAGUCUCUAAAAUCAGCAUCUGGUCUUCAGGCACGGCGGUUUGACAUACAACAACAAGCACUCAAAUUGACGGCAAACAGCAUGUAUGGUUGCCUUGGAUUCCAAAAUUCUAGAUUUUAUGCUAAGCCUCUUGCAGAGCUUAUAACUCAACAGGGAAGAGAACUGUUGCAGAGUACAGUUGACCUUGUUCAGAAUACACUAAACUUAGAGGUUAUUUAUGGUGAUACUGAUUCGAUCAUGAUUUAUAGUGGGGUUGAUGAUAUUUCAAAAGCAACAUCAAUAGCAAGAAAAGUUAUUGAUCAGGUUAACAAGAAAUAUAAAUGUUUGGAAAUUGAUCUUGAUGGGCUUUACAAAAGAAUGCUGCUACUCAAGAAAAAGAAAUAUGCUGCAGUAAAAGUUCAAUUUAAGGAUGGGAAAUUUUAUGAGGACAUUGAAAAGAAAGGUCUUGAUAUGGUUCGUCGUGACUGGAGCUUGAUAUCAAAGGAAUUGGGAGAUUUCUGCCUUAGUCAAAUUCUAUCUGGAGGAUCUUGUGAGGAUGUUGUUCAAUCAAUUCAUAAUGCUUUAAUAAAGGUUCAGGAGGAUAUGAGGAAUGGACAAGUAGAUCUGGAGAAGUAUAUAAUAACCAAAUCAUUAACUAAACCACCUGAAGCCUAUCCUGAUUCAAAGAGUCAACCUCAUGUUGAAGUUGCUCUUAGGUUGAAGAAAAGUGGUUACAUUACUGGCUGCUCUGCUGGUGAUACUGUGCCCUAUAUCAUCUGCUGUGAGCAGGGAAACUCUACGGUUAGCUCUGUGGGGAUUGCUCAGCGGGCAAGGCACCCUGAUGAACUGAAGAAUGGAAAUGGAAAAUGGACAAUUGACAUUGAUUAUUACCUUGCACAGCAGAUACAUCCUGUGGUAGCACGACUGUGUGCUCCGGUCCAGGGAACCAGUCCUGCUCAUUUGGCUGAUUGCUUAGGUCUUGAUGCAUCCAAGUUCCAAAGCAAAUUAAGCAACACCAUUGAUGAUGAUCCUUCAAGUUCACUUUUGUGUGCAGUUGAUGAUGUGGAAAGAUAUCGAGGGUGUGAACCACUGAUCAUGGUGUGCCCCGACUGCUCUACUUCCCUUGAAUGUCCACCUAUAUUCAAUUCCGUAUGUUCCUCCAUAAGUCAGAAGCCAACAGAUUUGCAGGCAGAAAGGCCUGCCAUUGAGUUUUGGCACAAGUUACAGUGUCCCAAAUGUCCAAAGGAGCCUGGUGCAGGCAAACUGCAGCCUUCUUGCUUAGCAAACCAGGUGAAGAGGCAAGCUGAGGGGUUUAUCUCAACAUAUUAUAGAGGAUUGAUGCUGUGUGAUGAUGAAACAUGCAACUAUAGCGGUCGCAGCCUGAACCUGCGGGUAAUCGGUGACUCGGAGCGAGGAACUGUUUGCCCAAACUACCCUCGGUGUGAAGGUCGCCUCCAAAGAAAGUAUACAGAAGGAGAUCUGUACAAACAGCUUUCGUAUUUCUGCCACAUUUUGGACACUGAGCGUUGCAUUAAUAAGGUGGAUGCAAAGAUGAAGGUGCAAGUGGAGAAGGAGAUGGCGGAAAUCCGGCCUCUGGUUAAGACCGCGUCUUCGACUGUAGAGAAGUUGCGGAACCGUUGCGGUUACGGAUGGGUGCAACUGAGAGAUCUGACGGUCGACGUUUGAUCGGUCUGCUGCUCCCUAAUCAACUGUGCAUAUGAUGAUGUAUGUAUGUGUAUGUAAAACAACUUUAUAGCUCAUAUUAAAAACCAGCUACCUGA